AUGGCAGCAACAACUCAAAAUGGUACUGUCGAUGGUAGUGAUUACAAGAGGCCAGCUUACAAUGAAAUGACUAGCAAAGAUUAUUACUUCGAUUCAUAUGCCCACUUUGGGAUACAUGAAGAAAUGUUGAAAGAUGAAGUACGAACGAUUACAUAUCGGAAUGCCAUUUAUCACAACAAGCAUUUGUUUAAAGACAAGAUUGUUAUGGAUGUCGGCUCAGGAACGGGUAUCUUGUCCAUGUUUGCAGCUAAAGCUGGUGCCAAAAAAGUUAUUGCGAUUGAAUUUUCGAAUAUGGCCACACAAUCCAAGCAGAUUGUAAAAGAUAAUAAUUUGGAAAAUAUUAUUGAAGUUAUCCAUGGGAAAGUUGAAGAUGUGAAAGAGUUACCUGACGGCAUUGAAAAGGUUGAUGUUAUUAUAUCCGAGUGGAUGGGUUACUGUUUGUUCUAUGAAUCGAUGCUGAAUACAGUGAUUUAUGCUCGUGAUAAGUGGUUGAAAUCGGAUGGUGCCCUGUUUCCAGACAAAGCGAAGCUCUUCUUAUGUGCCAUUGAAGAUCGGCAGUAUAAGGAGGAUAAAAUCAAUUGGUGGGAUAAUGUUUAUGGCUUUAAUAUGUCGAGUAUUCGUCGUGUAGCGAUCACAGAACCAUUAGUUGAUGUUGUUGAUCACGCUCAAGUUGUUACCAACAAUUGCCUCAUUUGUGAUAUCGACUUAUACACUGUCAAAGUAGAAGAUCUGACAUGGACAAAUAAUUUCUCUCUGCGAAUAACAAGAAACGAUUAUGUGCAAGCAUUGGUUACAUUCUUUACAAUUGAAUUUUCCAAAUGCCAUAAACGUACUGGUUUUUCUACCGGACCUGAUUGUCAAUACACUCACUGGAAACAGACAGUUUUUUAUCUGCAGGAUGCGCUAACCUGUAAAAAGAAUGAAGAAAUUACAGGAGCAUUUUCAGUAGCACCGAAUGCUCGGAAUGAAAGAGAUUUAGAUUUCAAAAUCUCCGUCAAGUUUCAUGGUGAUGAAAAUAUUUUUGUUUUCAUAAUUUUUAUGCAGUUGCUUUCUCAUAGCAUUCAGUCUUUUUUGAUUGCAUCGGACGGUCGUUUGAUCACAAUCAUGUCAGAUACUUAUAGCAAGACUUCUUCAUCAGUGGAGGAACUUGGUGCAACUCAACAAUCUAAAAAUGGUAAAUUGGAUGCUACCAUUUCUUCAGCAGCUGAAAAUCACUAUGACAGAAAUGUAUCGACGAAUGUUAAACAAAUUUCAAAAAGAAUUCCAAGGAAAGACUACAAACUAAUCCAGAAAGUAGAAGAGAAAGUUGUGCAGGAAAAAAGUGUACGAACUGGAAGUCCUAGACGGCGAAAGGCCACAUUGUUACAUUUUGCUCCAACAAACGAGUUACCGGAUGUUGCACGUGUACAACUUUUGCUCAGCAAUAUUAGUGAACGGCCAUUACAGUUCAGCCUGAAAAGUGAACCUGGCGUAGAUAUCUCUGCAUUGCCAAGUGCAAAAGGCCAUAUUAGUGCUCACGGUUCAGCAAAGUGUACUUUAACAUGGCGCCGUGAAGCAAAUGUCGAGAAAUGGUCAGACGCGCAACAGCCAAAAAUGAUUCUCGUUCUGGAUUUUCUUCGUAAAGUUGUAUCCGGUCAAACUUGUGAUUCAGAUAGACCACCCGUUGAACAACUAAUGCUGGACGCAGCUACUAACGAAUAUUCUCGAUCGAUGCCAAAGGAACCCCUAGUACUUGAGCAAGCGUAUACUCCUAAAAAAAAAUUGGAAAGAGAGAAAGAUGAGGCGAACAUGGGAGAUAUAGUGAACAAUGUUGCGAAUUGGCUCAGCCAGCAGUCAAAAAAUUCCCUACUUGGAUUAUUUUUGUUGAUGAUAUUCUUCUAUUUUAUAGGGACUUUAAAUAGUUCCAAACAAAAACAGCAUGAUAAGUAG